UUAUCUAUUGCCCAUACUUUGCUUCUGGUAUGUUCCAUAUGCUCAGGCAGAAAUGAGCAACUCGUAAAUUCCUUCAGUCCCCACUCCUGGUGGACCACCCUGCUUUCAGGGUGCAAAGGAGAGGAAGGAUAGCAGGUUAUCCAUUCCCUCUGCUGACACAGUCCAUGCCUUGAUCAGCAAGGGUACUAACUUAGCUCUGGAGUACUGGUGCUUUCCAGUCUCUUGGCUACAUAAAUUUUAAUGGGGGCUUGUAUGUUUCACAGCAUCCAAAUGGUUAAAGAUGAAGGUUGUGCCUUAGUUUGCACCAGUCUACCUAAACAGAGCUAAUUGAUUGAUUGUCACAAGCUUCAUUAUUAAAUUGAAGUUCUAAAGUCCAGUAGUUCAUGCCACAACUUGCUAAAUAUUCCCUAUAUAUUAAAUGCUUUAAUUUUUCUCUUUUUUCAUUUGGAUGCCUCCCUAAAUAGGCUGAGUUCAUGCAUGUUGCCAUGUUUAUCUGUGUUUUAUUGUUUUAUGACCCUCAGUCUGUUAAGGUAACUUCUGGUUUGAUGUAGGUGGCAAUGCUGCAGUGGACAAUGACCCAGAGAUGGAUGGGGAGGAUGGUGUGUCCUUUAUUAAUCCAAUUGGUACUUUAUACACUCCAGCACUUAAAGUGACAGAGGGGCACGGAGAGGUGGAAAUUAGGCUGCACCUUAACUGCAGUCACUGUGAGAUGGACGAGUGCCAUGUUGAUCUUGAGACUCAAAAAGUCAUUUGCUUUUGUGAGCCAGGCACAGAGUUGGCAGAGGAUGGUGUGUCUUGCACAGCUGAGCCAGUGGUUCGUCUCCCUUUCUCCUUGGUCUUGUCUGUAGUGACUUCUGCAUUGGUGGCUGCUUUAAUUUUGGCUUUUUCAGGAAUCAUGAUAGUGUAUCGCCGCAAGCACCAGGAGCUGCAAGCCAUGCAGAUGGAGCUGCAGAGCCCAGAGUACAAGCUCAGCAAACUGCGUACCUCCACCAUCAUGACAGACUACAACCCCAACUACUGCUUUGCAGGAAAAACCACCUCCAUUAGUGACCUUAAAGAGGUGCCUCGAAAAAACAUCUCCCUCAUCCGGGGUUUGGGCCACGGAGCCUUUGGUGAGGUAUAUGAAGGUCAGGUGACAGGGAUCCCCAGCGACCCCACUCCCUUGCAGGUGGCUGUGAAAACAUUGCCAGAAGUGUGUUCAGAGCAAGAUGAGCUCGACUUCCUCAUGGAAGCUCUCAUUAUUAGCAAGUUCAACCACCAGAACAUCGUGCGCUGCAUCGGGGUGAGCCUGCAGGCCCUGCCCCGCUUCAUCCUGCUGGAGCUCAUGGCUGGGGGAGACCUGAAAUCCUUCCUGAGGGAGACACGGCCCAGACCGAAUCAGCCCUCCUCCCUCUCCAUGCUGGAUUUGCUGCACGUGGCCCGUGACAUUGCCUGUGGGUGCCAGUACCUGGAGGAGAACCACUUCAUUCACAGGGAUAUUGCUGCCAGGAACUGCCUCCUUACCUGUCGAGGGCCUGGGAGAGUGGCUAAGAUUGGAGACUUUGGAAUGGCCCGGGACAUUUACAGAGCCAGCUACUAUCGUAAGGGUGGCUGUGCAAUGUUGCCUGUCAAAUGGAUGCCUCCUGAGGCUUUCAUGGAAGGGAUCUUUACAUCAAAAACAGACACAUGGUCCUUUGGCGUGUUGCUGUGGGAGAUAUUCUCCUUGGGAUACAUGCCCUACCCCAGCAAAAGCAACCAGGAGGUUCUGGAGUUUGUCACCAAUGGAGGAAGGAUGGAUCCACCUAAAAACUGCCCUGGCCCUGUCUAUCGCAUCAUGACCCAGUGUUGGCAGCACCAGCCUGAGGACCGGCCAAACUUUGCCAUAAUCCUGGAGAGGAUUGAGUACUGCACUCAGGAUCCCGAUGUCAUCAACACCGCCCUGCCAGUGGAAUACGGCCCGUCAGCUGAGGAGGAGGAGAAGGUGGCGAUGCGCCCCGACGAUCCAGAAGGAAUUCCUCCUCUCUUGGUCUCAACACACCAAGACAGAAAGGAUGACAAGCAAACCCUGCCAUCUCCACCACCCCUGGCAUCAGCCAUCACUGCUGGAAAAUCUCUAGGGAAAGUGGGAGCCUUGGAACAGCCAGCGCCAGGGAAGGUGCAGUCAGCCACGGGGGGAGGACACAUCAACAUGGCCUAUGCCCAGUCCAAUCCCCCUUCUGAGCUUCACAAAAGCCGGGGCUCCAGAAACAAGCCCACCAACCUCUGGAAUCCAACCUACGGCUCCUGGUUUGCGGAGAAGCAGGCCAGCAAAAACAGUUCUCUGCUGGAGAAGGAGAGGCCCGAGAGGGAGAAAUUGGGACAGGAAGGAAACUGUACUGUGGGGCCCAACAUUGUGACUGGCAGGCUGCCAGGCUCCUCCCUGCUCUUAGAGCCAUCUUCCCUAACCGCAAGCGUUAAAGAAGUGCCUCUCUUUAGGCUCCGCCACUUCCCCUGUGGGAACGUCAACUAUGGAUACCAGCAGCAGGGCUUGCCCUUGGAAAGCUCCACAGCACCUUGUGCUAGCAGUUACGAGGACCCUGUCCUCAGAAAUAAGAGCCACAUAACCCAGCAGGGGCCCUGAGAGCCUCAAACCUCUCUUGACUUUUCCCCCCCGUGGCCCCUGAGCCUUGAAGAGAUGUCCCAUUACCCAACACACCGCGAGCAAGGCAUGGGACAGCAUCACCUCCUGUUUUGUGCAAACUUGCUCCAAAAGUGCCACCCUUGAGGCUGUAAUUUCUACCAACCCGAGAGGCUUCAAACCACCGGGGCCCCAGCAGAGUCAAAGGAACGAGGGGGAGGGCGGAUGCAGGGAACUGUUGUUAACUGCAAGGCCCAGCUGCUGUUGCAUCAACUCAUCCGCAUGGUUGUCGUCAUGCCCUUCCUGUGAGCUUUUCCCAGUUGUGCGUCCUCCGCUUCCGUGUCAAGCCGCGGCUCACUGCCAUGAGUGUUUCAUGUCUGGGCUUUCCUGUGCCAAACUUGUUGUUGCUGUGGAAGACCUGGAGGUCUCCUGCUGCUGGCAGGGCUUGUAGUGGGUUUGGGAAGAGCAUCCUCUAUCCAAACCAAAAUAAAGAAAUAGGACAGUGCUGAAUGGUGACACAAUGGCACCUUCUCCAGUCUUGGUCCAGCUGCAAUCCAGUCUUCAAAAGUCCUUGAAUGCACAGUGUUGUGAGGGUGCUGGCAGGGCAGUGGAAAAACCCUGGUCACACUGCAUCACUUGACGGGGAGGGAGAGGAAGCAGAGAAUGGGUGUAGAUGCUACGAGGCAUUCAGGGGCAGGCAUUGUUUGGCCGGGGUUUUCUUUGGUUUGUUUUUCUUCACCUGUGCUUAACCACCAGAACCGAGUAAAGCCCUUUAAAAUUCCUUCUGUCCUACAAAAGUAGGGAUGCCCUUCAUCAGGAACGUGGAAAUGUCAAGUGGAAUCAAGGUGAAGCUUUAAAGGACCAUGGUUAUGAGAGAGACUUUCACCGUGCCCUGAAAAGGGACAGCCACCUGCAUACCUCGAAGGUUUGAAGUAGCCUUUGGCGUACACUGUAUGAACAACACCAUAAAGGCAGAAGACUACAUUGUGCCACUGUCUGGAAGCCAGAUACUGUCUGUACUGAAGGGUUUAAAGCCCUUUUUCCUUUGGCAAAAUACAUGUAUGAUAGUGGUUUAAGGACAAACACUCCAUUGACUCACUUUGUACGCCCCGUGCAUGAAAAAUACUCCAGUUAAGUGUAUUGUCAAAACAUAGAUGUAGGAAAUAAUUCAUGUGUAAAGAUGUGCAUUAGUAACUUCAGCUUAGGGUUGGGAGGAGCUGUUUUAGCAUGAUCGCUAUCCAAAAAAAGGGGUGCUUAUUUCCAUAGAAAUGGGAGUACUGGAGCGUCAGCAAAGGAGUGGGAAGGUGUUCUUCAGUCUGAGACUCUUCAUUUCAGUGAAGUGACCCUGAGUCUGGCCCUGGAUCCAAACGUUGAGUGGAAAAGCGGGAAGCAGUUUUGAUCUACAGGAUGUAAAGCACAACUGGGGAAAAACCCAGUGCUUGGGGGAAAACCCUGAAAAUGGCUUAUUUCCAUGUGGAUGUUACCUGGUUUCCUAUAGAAGAUAAGUAGGUGGUUCCAUGAGCUGCUGAGGUAAACUGGGUUCGGAUGCCUGUCUCUCUGCCUUCCCAGCUGUCCCAUCACCUUCCCUUUGUGCCACUGCACUUUGUUUCCCCACCACGUGCCUGGGAAUGAAGCAGGGCAGGAGCAAGGGUGGUUCUGCUCCCCCAAGGUGCAGUGAGGGAGUGGGGUGGGAGAGAGGCCUGGCCACAGCCAGAGGAGGUGCAGGGACCACAGUGGGAGCCCCAGGGCUGCGUUAAUUUGGCUGAGUCAAUCUCAGACAGCAGUGUCAGACCAGGGCUGCUCCGGCUGCCCUGCACAGGGAGCAGCCACAGCACACAAGGGCUGGAACAGGGAACGGCAGGUGCCACUCUGCAUGUCUGCUCCUGGCCACUGGGGGAUGAGAACCUGGAGGUGGGAAUAGCAUAAAACAGCCUUCCACAGCAGCAAAGACAUCGCUGUUCAUCUGUCCCAGAGUUAAACCCAUCCCAGGGAAACGUCCCAAGUGUCCCCUCCUGGCUUCUUUCAGUACCGAGCUUCAUUUUAGGAGUGUCUGUCUCAUGUACAGCCGUUUAUGCAACAUUGUUUAUAAAGGAAGGGCCUGUGCACUUCAGGGAUACUAUGAAGAAAAAUACUAAUAUAUGGUCAUUGAGUAUUUUGUAUUGAAUAGUGUAUUUGUAUUGUAAACAAGUGUAGUGAACCACAAGGCAUGAAGACAAAUAAAGUGACAGU